GCGUUUUGAAAAUCUGAAUGUGAAUGAGAAAUUUGAAUGACAGUCUUAGGCCGCCCCCGCCCACGCCCAAAUGCCUGCCCCAUCAACUACACUCUCUACGGCCGCCUCAUCCAGCGCUGCACCGACCACCGCCUCACGCGCCAGGCUGAGCAGCUCCACGCCCGCCUCAUCCUCUCCUCCACCACAGCCGACAACUUCCUCGCCUCCAAGCUCAUCGCUUUCUACUCCAAGACCCGCCAGCUUUCCCGCGCCCGCCAUGUGUUCGACCAAAUUCCGCACAAGAACACCUUCGCCUACAACGCCCUCCUUAUCGCCUGCACCGUGCAUAACCACCACGCUCACGUGCUCGACCUCUUCACCUCCUUGUUGUCUCGACGACCCGAUCGUCUGGAUUUGGAGGAUGUCAAUCCGGAUAGCUUUACAUUGAGUUGCGUGCUCAAGUCCAUGUCAGAGAUGGCGUCCAACGGGCCUCUCCCCGCUCGGAUCGUUCAUUGCUACGUGGUUAAAUGUGGGUUUGAUUCGGAUGUUUUCGUGGGAAAUGGGUUGGUCACUUACUACUCAAGGUGUGAUGAUGUGGCUUCCGCGAGGGACUUGUUUGAUGAAAUGCCUGAGAGGGACUUGGUGUCUUGGAAUUCCAUGAUCUCCGGGUAUUCGCAAGGUGGGUUCUUUGAGGAAUGCAAGGCUUUGUAUAGAAGAAUGUUGGAUUUGGAUGAUAUAAGGCCUGAUGGGGUUACAGCUGUGAGCGUUUUGCAGGCGUGUGCGCAGUCGAGUGAUCUUGUAACAGGGAUGGCAGUGCAUCAAUACGUGAUUGAAAAUGAGAUUGAAAUGGAGCUUUCACUUUGUAACUCGAUUGUUGGGGUUUAUGCUAAAUGCGGUAGCUUGGACUAUGCUAGGGAGCUUUUUGAGGAGAUGAGUGAGAAGGAUGAGAUAACUUAUGGAACGAUUAUAUCUGGCUACAUGGUUCACGGGUUUACUGAGGAAGCUAUGAGUGUAUUUAGGGAAAAGAGGAAACCGGGAUUGAGUUCUUGGAAUGCUGUGAUUUCAGGCAGUGUUCAGAACAAUCAGUAUGAUAGAGUUUUAGUCCUAGUUCGUGAAAUGCAAGAUUUUGGUUUCAAGCCUAAUGCUAUGACUCUUUCGAGUAUACUUCCAGCUAUUCCAUUUGUCUCACACUUGAAAGGAGGAAAAGAAGUCCAUGCUUAUGCUGUUAAAAACAAUUACCAUAGGAAUAUCUAUGUGGUUACUGCCAUGAUUGAUGUAUAUGCCAAACUUGGAUUUCUAAGGGGAGCGCAGAGAAUAUUUGAUCUUGCAAAGGAUAGGAGUGUGAUAGUUUGGACUGCAAUAAUCUCAGCAUAUGCAGCUCAUGGAGAUGCUAACCGGGCACUUAGUCUAUUCGAGGAGAUGCUAGAUAGCAAAGUAAAGCCAGAUGCUGUCACAUUUACUUCUGUUUUGGCUGCUUGUGCUCAUGCUGGCCUAGUUGAUAAAGCUCGGGAAUUAUUUGAUUCUUUGCUGCCAAAGUAUGGAAUUCAGCCACUCGCGAAUCAUUAUGCUUGUGUGGUUGCAUGCCUGAGCCGAGUAGGUAAGCUUUCUGAAGCAGUAGAGUUCGUAAAUAAAAUGCCUAGUGAACCUACGGCUCAAGUUUGGGGCGCACUGCUUAGCGGGGCUUCAGAGGCUGGUGAUGUUGAGCUUGCCAAGUUUGUCUGUGAUCAUUUAUUUGUAUUGGAGCCUGAAAACCCAACCAAUUACAUUGUUAUGGCAAAUUUGUAUUCGAAAGCUGGCAGGUGGGAGGAAGCCGAGAGUGUAAGGGAGAGAUUGGUAAAGAGGGGAUUUAAGAAAGUUGCUGGCAGUAGCCGGAUAGAAACCUCUGGAAGAUCGGAAAGCUACGUGGGAGGAAGUGUUAUGAAUGAAAAAACUGACAAAUAUUUUUAAAUAUUACUAGUUUGCUAAAGUUGAUGGUCAAAGAAGGUGUAUGAUGAUUGAUGAAUUUGACGAGGGAAGUUAUUAAGAGUUAGACAUUUUCAGUUCAUUGAUGGAUGGAACUCCUGGAUGCCGGAAGAAAUUUGAAAUGUAAUGGUGUCUGCUAGUGAGAAUUGUACAGGAGCUACUAUAACAAUAAUAAGCCUAGUUCUGAACUCAAAGGCCGAGUGUGAGAACUAGGCUCACGCAUUCGGAGGUGCUAUGAAAGAGAACUGACAGAAUUUUAUGAAAGUUAGUUUCCAAAGUUGGUGGCCAAAGAAGGUAUAUGAUGAUUGUUUAAGGGAAGUUAUUAUGAAAAGAGAUUUCUUGUUCACUGAAGGUCGCAACUCUGGGGUUGCUAGAAGAAAUUCAAAAUGUAAUGGUGUCUGCUAGCAAGAUUUCUACAGGAGGUGCACUGCAGCAACGACAAAUAAGUUCAGUCCUACUGAAAGGCCCAGUCUGAGAGUUUGGCUCGUGCACGUGAGGUAUCUUGCUCAUUUCCUUCAAUUGGUUAAUUUUUAAUGCAAAUAAUCUCAAAGAAUUCAAUAAUCCCAAAAAGUUUUAGCCUCAGUAAUUUGGUGAAUCAAAAUCAUUGAGUUUCUUCUUGCUUCCUAAUCUUGAUUGUUGAAAUUGAGGCAUGUGAUUUGAGUUCUUGAAUUGUCGAAGUAUAAACAACAAAAGUUUUCAUGUCUUCAUUUUUCUUUUUCCCUUAAAGGGAUAUUGGAGUUCUUCACAAGUCAUAUGUAUUUGCUUGAGUUUUAACCAGGUUGGAUCAA